AUGAAGCUGCUUCUGUCUCUGUUCGCUCUCGUCGCUGUGUGCAGUGCUCUUCAGAGCCGCAGUGAGUAUUUUUACUGCUUAUUUUCAUCAUUUUUCACAUUUUUUAAAGUUUUUACGGCCUUGGAGAGCUGACCGUCCGUCGGUGUAAGGCCUGAGUCCUCCUCAGAUACAGUUUUAUUAAACCGAUGAAUUUAAUCUAACUUUUCUGAUGAUCUUUUCUUAAUUCAAUAACACUUAAAUAACAAUAUGAUGAUUUUUCUGACUCUUGGACGGGUUAUUUUAGGACCUCACCUAAACUGUAUUUUUACUUCAGACCUCAUCUUUCUGUCAGAUUUCACUCUGAUCAGUAAUAUUAGUAAAUUAUUGUUUUAAAUGUGAUAAACUGUGGUCUGUUUAGUUAAACUGAAAGAUAAAGUGCGUCAGUCUGAAGGAAACAUUCAGUUUUAACUGAAACGGAUGUUUGUUAAAAUGUUGGUGUAAAUGUCUUUUAAUGAGUUAAACUGGUCAGUAAUAUUCAUCAUUAAUAACAUACAUGUAUUAGAUAAAUACAGGCUGAUGUAAAAGGUUGAUCUUGAUGAUGACUUUGGAAAAUCCCUAAACUGCUUUACUUUCGUUUUCCUGUAAAUAAGCAGUGAGGUAAUGACGCCCCCUGCAGGCCGCAGACAGUCAUGAGAACAGAGUCCGUACUGAGGUCAGGGCUGACUGUGGAAAUAAGGGGUUAUUUUAUGACUUUAGUCUCCUAUUUAAAAUAGUGUUUAUAUCUUUUAUUGUCGGUAUUUAAAUCAUUUAGUUUUGAUCAGGAUCGAUGAUUUGGUCUAAAACUCCUGAAGAGAUGAAGCUCUGCCUUUUAUCCAAUCAGCUUUAUUUAUAUAAAACAUUUUAAAAACAUUAAAGUUUACCACAAUAAAUUAAAAGAACAGACACGGCAGAAAACAUCAAGAGGAAAUAAAUAAAAGCAGGUAAAAAAUAUUUAAAAUGAAAUAAAAAGCAUAAAAGAGAUCACACAACUGGAGCUAAAAGCCAAGGAGUUAAAAUGAGUUUGAAGACGUGAUUUAAAAGUAGAAAGAGUCGGAGAGGUUUUCAUCUCGAUUCGCUCCACAGUUUGGGAGCCAAAGCCGAGAAAGCUCGGUCGUCACAAGUUGUUAAGGUGGAGUUUUUACACCGCUGAUGUAGAGCUUUAUCGUGAGUCACUGCGGAUCAUCCACACAUUAAAAAAAUCAACUUUAAAUAAAUGUUAGAAAUAAGACGAGGCGGAUAUGAAGAACAGCAACAGACCACAGGAGUUAUUUUAGCUGACGGGGUUGUCGUCAAAGUAAUUAGAUCUCUGAGUUUUUACACAUUACAUUAAUUUUGAUCGUCUGCAGGUUUAAUAUCAGUUUGAGGAAAAACAGACACAAAUUAUAACAGAGACGGUCGUUAAUUUUGAAACACGCCUGUUUCUAAAAAUAAGUAGGAAACCACCUUGCAGCGCUGAGCGUUAAAGAGAGAAAAACAGCAGAGACUUUUAUACUGAGAAUCAGCCGCCGCUCUGCUCUGACUGCAAAACUGAAAAUUAGAGAGUGUAAACUCUCCGUGUUCUCACACGAUGGUCACCUUUUAACUUCCUGCUCUGUGUGUCUCCAGCUGCUCCUAAGGUCGUGGUGUACAGCCGGGACCCUGGUGAGUUCGGGAAGGAUAACACCCUGAUCUGUCAUGUGAGCAACUUCUACCCCCCCAACCUGAAAAUCGUCCUGGAGAAGGAUGGGGUGGAGCUUGAAAAAGCCAAUCAGACCGACCUCGCCUUCAACCAGAACUGGCACUUCCACCUGACCAAGAGCGUGGCCUUCAAACCGAACAGUGGGGAGAAGUUCAUCUGCAGGGUCAUCCACGACACCGAAACCAAAGACUACGCCUGGGGUCAGUUCACACCUGAAUACACACCUGAAUACACACCUAAAUACACACUUGAGUCAGCCAGACUUUUCUCCACAGCUCUGUAUCACAACAAAUAAAAUAACCUGAACAGACAGGGUUUGACACUAACUUAUUUCACAUGUUCUCCUAAGUUAAAAAAGUAAGGAGCUCACAAAGAACUUUAGGGGAACAAUGAAAAUUGAUCAAAUAAUGUUUGUCUCAUUGAUCGACCUUCGUACUAUUAUUUGAAAUCAAUUUUAGGUCUUUUGGUCACAUGACAGUGAAGCUAUUGAAGGAAAACAGCCUUUUCUAAGAACAUCAACCGGUAAUUUAUUGACGGUCCCUUAUUCAACACCGACGUUGACAGUGAGGGUGUCGAGUAGAUUUAACCGCGCUGCUGUUCUUAUUCCUGGUUAUGGAGAGUGAGAAGACACCGGUAGAUCCUCAGAGAAUGUCCGUCAGAUAUCCAACCUGAAACUAACUUCACCGCCGUAUUUACAGGAAAAUAUAUCCAACCUAAAACUAACUUCACCGCCGUAUUUACAGGAAAAUAUAUCCAACCUAAAACUAACUUCACCGCCGUAUUUACAGGAAAAUAUAUCCAACCUAAAACUAACUUCACCGCUGUAUUUACAGGAAAAUAUAUCCAACCUGAAACUAACUUCACCGCCGUAUUUACAGGAAAAUAUAUCCAACCUAAAACUAACUUCACCACCGUAUUUACAGGAAAAUAUAUCCAACCUAAAACUAACUUCACCGCCGUAUUUACAGGAAAAUAUAUCCAACCUGAAACUAACUUCACCGCCGUAUUUACAGGAAAAUAUGUCCAACCUGAAACUAACUUCACUGCCGUAUUUACAGGAAAAUAUAUCCAACCUAAAACUAACUUCACCGCCGUAUUUACAGGAAAAUAUAUCCAACCCUGAAACUAACUUCACCACCGUAUUUACAGGAAAAUAUAUCCAACCUAAAACUAACUUCACCACCGUAUUUACAGGAAAAUAUAUCCAACCUAAAACUAACUUCACCGCCGUAUUUACAGGAAAAUAUAUCCAACCUGAAACUAACUUCACCGCCGUAUUUACAGGAAAAUAUGUCCAACCUGAAACUAACUUCACUGCCGUAUUUACAGGAAAAUAUAUCCAACCUAAAACUAACUUCACCGCCGUAUUUACAGGAAAAUAUAUCCAACCUGAAACCAACUUCACCGCCGUAUUUACAGGAAAAUAUAUCCAACCUAAAACCUGCGCACAUGUGACUCUAAAUAUAUUUUACGAAUACACAAAUGUGAGUGAAACGGCCGCACUGUCGAACCCUGACAGGUCUGUUUAAUUAUGAGCAAAGAUCAGACUUAGUUUCCUCCAGUGAGAUCAGACCCACCAGGAGAGAGAAAGAGAGACAAUAAUGAAUACAGAUAUAUACGGUUACAGUACUGAGAAUAAAGUGUUUAAUUUGUCUGAACUUAAAAUCAUAAUUCAGUUUGAGUCUGAACCUGUUUGUGUUUUUGUCUCCACAGAGCCCAACAUGUAA